AUGACGAUGUACGAGGUAUACCAGAUGGCACAGGCAAAAUUCAAGGACUUGGGCAUCGACAGUGUCCCGCAAGUCAUGAUGAAUGUCAAACAAAAAAGAGACGUUCCUGAAGCAUUGUCUAGAGAUGUUCAUCCGAGUACCAUUACAAAGCCUGUUUUUGAAAACCAAGUUGCAGCGAUUUUUUUGUGUAAGGAGGGCAAUAUGCCAAUCCAUGAGGAGCUUGAUGAAGGUGUUCGUGUGUACUGUAGAGGAAGUGGUGGAGUAGUUUCUCAUUUUAGCAAUAAUGUGGAUGCAUUCAGUUAUCCCCUCCUAUUUCCCCGUGGCGAGCAAACUUUCGUUAAAGAUCGUCUUCCUAAAGGUAAUCGUCUUCCUAAAGGUAAUCAGGCAAAAAGAAUGGGUCGCGAUUUGAAUGACGAUGGUGGCGAAAUUUAUGCUGCUGAAGGCGGUAAUGAAGAAAGUUUAGAUGAGGAAAGUUCUGACGGUUCAGAAGCUGUAGAAGAGCAAAGCGGUGCAAAUAUAGCUACUUCGCGAGUGAAAAUAAUAAACGAAAGUUCUUGUCGCGACGGGAGUUUGCUCUUUAUAUUAUGGCCUGGAGGGGAGAUGUAG